CAUGUCCCACAGGGUACAGUCCACACAACGACUUGUGCUACCAAGUUGUCCAGACUCUGAUCCCAUACUCAGUAGCAAAGACUCAAUGUGCAGAAAAAGGCGGGAAACUUGCUGUAGUAAACACUAUUGGUAUCAGAGAAUUACUAAAAAAUGUAGCUGAGUACCAGGGUAUCAGAGAUUUCAUCUGGGUGGGAAUGGAUGAUCAAGAAGAAGAAGGAAAGUGGAUCCAUGCUGAUAGUUCUCUUGUCACAACAGAUGAGGUCGCCACCUUGUGGCUGGCAGGAGAACCAAACGGAGGCAAGACAGAGAACUGUGGAGCUAUGUUGGGACUGAAGUGGGAUUAUCAGUUAGGAGAUUCCAUCUGUUCGAAUAAUCAAGCUUUCUUUUGCCAGUUUCUUCUAGAGUCUUUUAACCAAACAAUAG